AUGAUCAGCCCGAGACCAUUGAAGAUGCCCACUCAACCUGCCAAGUCCGUCCAACCCAUGCCCCUAGAGGUAACAGUUUACGGCCCUUGUAAUGCCCUCAAGGCCGCAAACUUUGGUGCAAAGCGUCUUCUCCUCUGCCGCAAAGACUCCGCUUGCGUGGGCGGUCUCACCCCUGAGAUCGAAGAGCUCGAGUAUCUGAGAGACAAGAUUCAUAUCCCAAUCAGUUGUGUCAUUCGAUCCCGUGGAGGUCUUGAUGCUUCUCUUAUCGGCGAAUCGCACGACCAUAUCUACUCAAAUGGCGAGUUCCUCGAGAUGUGCGAUUCCAUCCUUCAACUCAAGGAGACUGGUGUAAUGAAUCCUCUUCGCGGCGAUUCUUUCGUCUUCGGAUGUCUGAAGCGAUGUGAUGAAGUGACAACCGGGGGCUUUAAGGAGAAAAUCGUUCUCGACCGAUCUCAAUGUCGCUAUCUCGUCAACAUAGCUAAGCCGUUCGGAUGUAUCUUCAAUCAUGCCUUCGACCACUUCACCAAGAGCGGAGACUGGAGUGGUAUUAUCCCUCAACUCAUCGGCAUCGGCUUCACAGGUAUCAUGACAACUGGAGGACCAGGAAAGCUUAACCGUUAUAUCGAACUCCUCAGGGUCAUGGACCAACAGCUUUGUAACAUUCAGCUCAUCGUUGCUGGUGGGUUCCGCUGCCCUGAUAUCAAGAAGCUUCGAGCAUACGCGAACGAAUACGGCACCAACACGGUCUGGAUUAAUGGGGAGUGUCUUCGUCCCGAGCGUCAUGAGGAUUCGGAGACCUGUGACAUGAGUAGCGUCAUGGGUAUGAUGGAUCUGCUCGGCCUUCAGACGACGGAUUAG